AUGAAGUUUCUAACAGACCAACGAAGUGGUCAAAAGCAGUUAUCUGUGAAAAUCGAGAAUAUCUACAAGUUGUGGAAUGGAGGUGGGUUUUGGUUUAUUAUCUUUAAGAAGUUGUCCUCAUUUUUCCAGAUCUUAGUGGUAGCCACGAUCUUUUCGUUACUCACGUUUUACAAUUUUAACUUCUUUGUCAAGACGGACGAAUUUUUCACAUUAGUUUGGUGGAGGUGGACGAUCUUUUCAUUCAUAGCUACCCUCUUUAUGAUCAGUUUUAUUAAUUAUGUCUACACCAUCACUAAACUGUUCAAAAAAUAUUAUUCGACGUAUCGCUAUAUGUCUUCCCCGACAUGUCAACAGAUAUAUAACAUCGAUGAAUGGGACAAUGUCGAUGGACAUGAGGGAAUAGCAGAGAAGUUGAACUUAGACAUAGCGAAGCAAGUCCGUACGGAACUGAACAUCUUUGGGACCGAUGAGAAUGUUACUACUCAAGAGAUUAAACACCGCAUUUUAAGGAAGUUGUCCUUCUCCGAUGAUGUACUUUCAGUCAUCCUCCGAUACGUCACAGAAACCGUUCAAGGGGACUUCACUCUCUCAAACUCUAUCCAGAAAGUCUGUCACACAAAGUACUUUGUCAAAUAUUUGAAAUCUGUUCUGAAUAAGUCCGCACAUGACGUCUUUUUGUAUGCUCCACUUCAAUCGUAUGGCGAAAAUGAGUUCACUUUUGAGCACUUCAGUUACCUCAGAGAUUAUGAAGAGAUGCGUUUUAUCCUCAUCGAGACUGUAAAAAAGAGACUUCGUGCCAACUUCGACCAAAAAGUGUUUUUCAUGUUUGUGAGUGGGAUCUUCUCGAUAGUUAGUGGUGUCAUUGACUUCAUCUUCCUCUCGGAUUACUCCUUUUUCUUGGACAACACUUGGUCGUAUGCUGCGGAAAAGGUCUUCCACUACGUCGGGUAUGACCACUCCUUUCAAUACAAAUUGAAUAAAGCACAGAAACACGCUCAAAAGUUAGUUUCGACGCAGAAGAGUGAUAAGAAGAAGAAAAUGGUAGUGAAGAACUUAAAGACGGUGUUGAUUGGUCUUUUAAUAUUGAUGUUAGGGUUCAGUCUUAAUGGCAACGACUUGCAAUCAAUUACCUUCGACGAGUCGAGUGCACUCGCCUUUUUGAACCCCAUUAAAUCGUUCUUGACAACAGGAAUCAUCUUAUCGAUUGUCAUCUUCUUGUCGCAAUAUUCUUCACAAGACCCACAAUCUGAUGGCAUUAAUGGGAUCCGUGCUAAAAUCGAAUUGAUUCUCGGGUAUCACUUCCCCGUCGACUUGAAUAACAGAAUCGGAGAAAUCACCAAAUUCUACUUCCCGCCAUUUUACAAGACGUAUUUCGACGAGUUACUUGCACCAUUCAGGACAUUUGGGUUAAUGCGGUCAUUAACCGUACGAAGUGCAUUUGGCGAUGGACUGGCUCAUGUAUGGGAAGAACAGCGUUUUUGUGAGGAAAACAGUCCCUAUUGCCAGGCACAAGUGAAUCACUUGCAACAAGAAAUUCGCCUUUGA